GUCACUUGAAAUCCGAGUACCAUGUAAAUGAAAUGUGAAUUUGUAGAAAUGGCGGCUUGCGAAGAAAAUGAAUCGCAAAGGACCUGGACGGCCCUGGGGCCGAAAGCGAGCUGAAAACAAAUCCAAAGCCAAGCCAAUAGAUCACGGAGGUUUCCAUCGAAGAAAUUUCCGCAUAAUUGCUGCCCCUCUUCUCUUUAUCUUCUCAGUUUUACGGACUAUUGCCUUCCAACUGUGGGUUGUUUUGGGUAUAAUUGCUUGCAAAGGCAGUGCUAUAAGAGGAAUAUCCCAACAAAGAGCAGGAUAUCGUCCUCAAAGGGAUGCAGAAGUAGGCAUCAGUAUGUCGUCAAAGGCUCAAAGAAGUCCUGGACCUGUUGACCCAAUGAUUGCCACCCAAAAGCAUCAUCACAGAAAAGCUUUUGAGUACAUCUCUAAGGCUUUGAAAAUUGAUGAAGAAGAUGGACGUAAAGAUGUGGCUGUAGAGUUAUACAGGAAAGGUAUUGCUGAACUACAGAAGGGCGUGGCUAUUGAUAUUAAGGGACAAGGAGAGAGUUGGGAUAAAGCAAGACGAUUACAGGAAAAGAUGAUGACCAAUCUUGUUAUGGCACAAGACAGACUAGAGGUGUUAGAUAAAUUAUUACAAAAGGCUCCCAAAUCACCCCAGAGAGCAACACCAAUGGAGGUCGAUGAAGCAGGACCAUCGAGAGUAACUCCAUCCCCUCAGGUACGACCAAAGUCUGGUCCGCUAUCCCCUAAUGUUACAGUUAGACAAAGACGUGCAGCAGCAACAACCACCACAACCAGAACAACUGUGAUACCUAAACCAUCUGUGAUACCUAGAGCUCAAGUUACAAAUAAGCCUAUGAAGAUGAAGCAGCCUAUAGGUGGCGCUGUACACAAGAGCAAUACUUUACCCCGUAACUAUGGCAACACCAGACGGGGAAGUGGGGAAUCCUCACCUCGUAGCUCACCCUCAAACUCUCCAUACUCCUGGAGACGUGGCAUUCCUAGGCAAAAUUCUAUCCCUGGGGCCAAUAAAAACACUCCAAAGAAGCCAAAAGACAUAAAGAAUUUAAAUCUGAAGGGUGUGGAUAAGAAAUUAGCAGAGACUAUACUGAAUGAAGUGAUAGAUAAUGGACCAGCAGUCAGUUUUCAGGAUAUAGCUGGACAAGAUACAGCAAAACAAGCUCUCCAAGAGAUAGUUAUACUGCCUGCACUUAGACCAGAGCUGUUUACUGGUUUAAGAGCACCUGCCCGAGGGUUAUUGCUGUUUGGUCCCCCUGGUAACGGGAAAACAAUGUUGGCAAAGGCAGUUGCUAAUGAAUCUAACGCUACAUUCUUCAAUAUCAGUGCCUCUAGUCUAACAUCUAAAUGGGUUGGUGAAGGUGAGAAGCUAGUGAGAGCUAUGUUUGCAGUUGCUAAGGAACUUCAACCAUCUGUUGUCUUCAUGGAUGAGAUAGACUCUGUGUUGUGUGAGAGAAAGGAAGGAGAAAAUGAUGCCAGUCGUCGACUCAAAACUGAAUUUCUUGUGCAAUUUGAUGGGGUAGCAGGUGCUAGUGAUGAUAAGGUGCUGAUUAUGGGAGCUACAAAUAGACCACAGGAAUUAGACGAUGCUGUACUCAGACGGUUUACUAAACGUGUGUAUGUGACAAUGCCAAACAAGUCGACUAGAUUACAUUUGCUGAAACAUUUACUGGGUAAACAUAGUAACAGUCUCACUGAUAGAGAAAUUGAUGAUCUAGCCAAGAUGACAGAUGGAUAUUCCGGUAGUGACUUGAAUGCUUUAGCAAAAGAUGCAGCUCUUGGUCCAAUAAGAGAGCUAUCAUUAACAGAAGUGAAACAUGUAGAUGCAAGCAAGGUUCGGCAAAUGAAGCUGUCAGAUUUCACAGACUCUAUAAAGAAAAUCCGUAAAAGUGUCCCGCCAGAAUCUUUAAUGAAAUAUAUGGAGUGGAAUAGCUCAUAUGGGGAUAUGAAUGUCUGACCUUUUCAGUAUAAGAAUGGCAAUUCUGGGUCAAUACAUUUUGAAUUAGUUUAUAUUGUUCACAGUUGUAAAAAGCACAGACUUUGAAUUAAUUCCUAUUGUUGUGAAGCAAAAAAUUUUGAUAAUGAAAUUUUGUGUUGAGCAUACAGAGUUGGAUAUCUUACACCAAAAUACACAGUGCCUAAUGUAGGAAAACUGUUAGAAAAAAACAUGAGCAAUGUUGUUGUGCAGAAAUUAAGCAAUAUGUCAUAGCACCUGUUUACAUGAAUAUUUGUGGAGAUUACAUAAAAAUGUGUGAGGGUUAUAUUCCUUCAAGAAUGGAUUUCAUUUUCUUUGUUUUAGGAGAAAAAGAUAUAGAGUUGUGGUUUUGUCAUGAUUUGGAAACAAAGUUCAUGUUUCAUGUUUGAUUAUUGCGAUUUUAAAUAAAUUCUAUUAUACAUGUACAUAGAUCGAUAUAUAAAUAAGGCCUAAAUGUGCUCUGUUAAUGUGCUCUUACUAAUAUAACAAUGCAAAAUACUCCUAUUCUUUCAUAUACAUAUUUUUAUGUGCUUAAAAAUAUUUCUUAAACAUCUAGCAAUCAUAAUAAUUGACUCAUUUUAAAAGCAGUGUUAAUGAUAUUACAGCUCCAUAAAAAUUGUCCAAAAUUAUUGAAAUUCCAUUCUAAUGAAUACUUGUUUUAACAAUGUAUAAGUGAGUAGUAAAUAUUUUAAAAGAAAGAUAAAGGAAAGUUUAAUAAUUAUUAAAUUCUACAGUAGUUUUCCGGUAUAACAUAUAGAUUUUAACUACUCUAUUCAUGUUGGGAUAGAAAAUGCAUGUAAAGGGUACCAAUGUGUUACAUGGAUGUAUGUCAACUUUUUGGUUUAACAUUCAUUUUUUUGUGUAGUGAAAAUCAAAAUAGAAUGUGGGCAAUUAAUAUAUUACUCUGGACUUGUAAUCACAUUUACCUCCCCUGACAGUACAUAGUAACCACACACCAUGCCUGCAAUAGUUCACCUCCAUACAGAGCUGUAGUGUCAUCCUUCAUCAUUCAUAAAUGUUUAGUUUAAAAUUUGUUUAUGUAAGAACUGUUAGAUUAGAACUAGGUUAAUUAAACACUAUUAUCUAGUCAUUAUUAAGAUAUUGUCAAUAUUUGAUAGACAAAUAUGAAGGAAAAACAUUUUUACACUUGGUAAUAUGCAAUACAUUAUAUACCUGUCCAUAUUUUUCUACAUUAAUACAUGUAUCACAUGCGACAGGAAGUUGUGUAUGAUCCAGAAUGACUUUGCUUGUAUUAUAUUGCAAUUACAUUAUGGUUAGAUAUUUAGUUUAAGUUAGACGGGAUAUAUAAUAUAAGGGUUAUUAUAUGGGUAUUUUGAUUUAUUACGUGUAUUUGGUUGUCAUGGAUUUUACUGGAACAGAUCAUUUUGCUUUAAUAUGCCUUAUGAGAUCUUCUCGUCAAAUACAAGUUUUAGAUUAAAUACUCGUAAAAUAUUACUAUUUUAUUCAUAAUUCACGGACAGAUGCUGUUAUUGUAUCACAUACUGUUGUGUUAGUAAACAAAAUUGAAAACAAGACUUAAAUAUGCUUUGUAAUCAGUAACAAAUUUCUAGAUUUUCAAACUGUAAUCUAAGUAUUAUUGAUAAAUGUUAAAGAUGCUGUACAUAGCUUUAACAUAUUUAAAUUUUAACUUUGUAACUAAAGAUAAAAAAAUAAAAAGCAUGGUAUAUGACCAGAAGAAGUUCUUAUUUAAAAUACUGGUACAAUAAAUGAAAAUAUAUUUUUCUAUGGCUUCAUACAGAUUGUCUGUCAGUUCUUGUUGUUUUGUUUGAGCUGAAUGCCAAAGACAGUAAGUACAUGUGGAUAUAUGUGAUGCAAGGAUCACAUUAAUGUUAUAAUGAACCAAUAAUGGCUUUAAUAACACAAAAAUGGCAUACUGUUUAAAUGAAUAUUUCUGCAUUUUGAAAAGUUAGCGAAUUUAAAGUCGAGACAUUUUGCGUGAGGAAAUAUAAGUGAAUCAUGCAAGGGUAGAAUUUAAUGACAUAUUGGUUGAUAUUUAGGCAAGAGGAAAUUUUAGCUAUUUUCAUCAAUACGCAAAAUUUGCCAAUAUUUCCACGUGGCUAACUUAAACACUUAUUCAAUAUGUUUUUUUAAAUAAGGUUAUGGUACAAUAGUUUUAUAAGUGAAUAUGUCACAGAUUAUUAUGAAUUCAGAGUUAAACUGUUUCAUGUCAAACUUUUCAUUAAUUUCUUGGUUUGAACAUUGACUAAUAGAUGAAGGUAAACUUGAAUUUUAUGCUGAAAUGAAGUAACUGCUGAUUUGUUUCUGUAAUUGAUCAUGCUGAGUUUCAGUAAAGCAAGACAUUUAUUUCUUUAGUCAUAUGUAAAACUGAAUAAGUAAAUCAUUCUUAAUCUGUAUAUGUUAUUUUUUCAGUUAUUGAAUAUUUCAAAAUUUUUGUAGAUUUCAUGCCAGCAUAGUGUAUAAAUAUUAUAACAAUGAUCUAGUUAUAAGCAAAUGAUCUGAUUACCAGUACUUUAAGCCAUAUCAUCAGUCAAAAGACCUAAGUAAGUUGGAUAUCACUCCAAAUUAUAUCUGAAUAUGCAGUAAUAGUAUUGCAAGAGGUCAUUUUUGCUUGUUAUGAAGAAAUUGAUGCUGAAUUUUAACCUAAUACGACUACAAUACAACAACAAUACGACUACAAUACAACAACAAUAUGACUACAAUACAACAACAAUACGCCUGCAAUACGGCAACAAUACGACUACAAUACAACUACAAUACGCCUACAAAACAACAACAAUACGACUACAAUACAACAACAAUACGACUACAAUACAACAACAACACGACUACAAUACCACUACAAUACGACUACAAUACAACUAUAAUAAGACUACAAUACAACAACAAUACACCUACAAUACAACAACAAUACCACUACAAUAUGACUAUAAUACGACAACAAUACAACAACAAUACGACUACAAUACAACAACAAUACACCUACAAUACAACAACAAUACCACAACAAUACGACUACAAUACGACAACAAUACGACUACAAUACAACAACAAUAUGACUACAAUACGCCUACAAUACGACUACAAUACAACUAUACAAUACAGACAGUUUGAUUGAUUGUUAUUACAGUUUCAACAUUGCUGAUAUUCUAUGACUGCAUUCUAUAAUUUAAACUUUACAUUUAUUGCUAAAUUAUAAAAAGUCAUCCUUACCCAAUUUGGUGCUUGAUUAAAGUGCCAUAAGAUAUACAGGUUGUAGUCAACUUGAGCCACUAUAACUGCCAAACAUAAAUCAAAAAUAAUUUAAUGAAAACUGUAAUUCAUUAUUUAGUUACAUUUGACAAGUAGUGGAAGAAGUCAGAACUAAUGAAUAAAAGAUAGAAUGUAACGUUAAUCGAGUAUUGUCAGUCUAAAUGUCAGAUCUCAUUGCAUUUAGAUUAUUGUUUAAUACUUUAAGUAAUAUAGUAUAUUAUUUCAGGGAAAUAUGAAUUUAAUAUUGUGUUACAAAAUGAUAUUGUUUUGUAGUGUUUACAAAAUUUAUGUUUUAUAAUACUAGUACAUGUAUUAUGUCAUGUUCUUUUCCCAGUUAUUUUCCAAUGUGUUUCAUAUAUAGAUGGUAUUGAUUUGUGACAAUGGAUGAUGUUUAGUUAUAAACUUGCUGCCAAGUUAUCUUGACCUCAAAAUUUAUUAAAACUACAAACUUAAACUAUAAAUUAUUUUUUGUUUAAUAGCAACUUAUUUCACCAUACAAGAAUCUACAGAUACAUGAAAUAACUGUACAGCACAUUACAAAAAAACUGUUACUUUAAAAUGUAAGUUUAGAAUUGAUAAUGAGUAUUGAGAGAUAGGGCAAUGUAAAGUGUGUUUCACAUACAUAUGUAGAUAUUCACAAUGUAGAAGCUGAUCAUUUUUAUUACAACAUACACAUACAGUGUUCAAUACUUCCUGGGAAUUUGCUGCUUCUGUGAUUUGUCUUAUGCUAGUAGAUUUUGCUGAUUUCAAUUAUUGUUCAUAUAAUAUAUAUGUUUAUAGUGUUUUUAAGUAUCACUUAAAUAUCUUGCCUGACAGUAGUGAUCAAUUUUUGCAUUAUAGUCACUAUAUGCCUCCCUUUUUACAAUCUUAACACAAAAAUGAGCCGCCUCAUGACAAAACCAACAUAAUGGGUUUGCAACCAGCAUGGAUCCAGACCAUUCAUGCGCAUCCGCGCAGUCUGAUCAGGAUCCAUGCUGUUCGCUUACCAACCCUACUACUAGUAGAGAAACUGAUAGCGAACAGUAUGGAUCCUGAUCUGACUGCGCAGAUGCGCAGGUUGGUCUGGAUCCAUGCUGGUCGCAAACCCAUUAUGUUGGUUUUGUCUUGACGCGGCUCAAAUAUUUUGUGCAUAUGUACCAGCAUAAAUCUCUUGUAAUAUGUAUAGAAUAAGAUUUGGAUAGGACAUUCAGAAAAUGCUUGCUAGUUGUUCGCUUAGUUUAAGGGUAUAAGGCUAUAUCAAAUGAAAUAUUUCUUUAAAAUUUAUCAACAGUAAAAUUAGAUAGGAUCUCUAAUCUAAUAGUUGAGUCUCGAAAGAUUUGUAACAUAAAAUGUCUUCCUUAUUUAACACAAAUGAAUUUUGUAUGUAAAAGAAUAAAAGGUUCAGAAACAAAAUAUUCUACUAUUUUAAGUAGGCUUUUAUCCAUUCAGCAAUGAGUUUAUCCAUGCACCAUUUGCUUUAAAGGCAGUUUAUACAAGCAUUUAGGAAAGAUCUUUUUUUUUAUAAAUUCCAAGUAUAUGUUAGUGUUCAUCUGUGCUGUUCUACAGAAAUUAGAAACUUCGACGGGAGCAAUAGCAUCAGGAGAAUGUUUCUAAUUUCUGUAGAACAGCAUGGAUGAAUACUAACAUAUUUAGUGUCAAACUUUAUUUGGCCUCACGAUUAUCCACUUUAUUACGUCACCAUGCGGUUCUAUGAAGUACUGUGAAAAAUAGAAGGCGACUAUGAACGGAAUUCGAUAUAGUAUCGACUUUUGUACUUCUAUGAAAAUUAACGCACACAUUUUUUAAGAAAUACAGCGUAUUCAUUGGAUGACAAAUAAAGUUGGACACUAACAAUUAUUAUUGCAGCAGAUAUAUAGCUUUUUUUUUACUUUAACAUCAGGUUAAUUGAUAAAUGUUUCUCAAAAUUUUAAUAAGAUAUAGUUUGUAAUGUGAGUAGGCUAGGGCCUAUCAGGAAUUUGUUUUUUACUUACACCAUCAAUCUAAUGUUACCAUUAGAUGUUUCAAAAUAAAUGAAGAUAAUCAUGCUUUGUAUAUUUAU